CAUUUGUUGCCAGGCUCCGCUGAGGGGCCUCAGGGACGACACACUGCUCUUUCCCCCUGCUUUUAUACAUUUAUUUUAAAUGUAUAGGAUUUCGAAUCCUUCAUGGUUUUCAUGCUUUUCUCAUUUUAGGAUUGCAGCUGCCUUUUCUUUUUAAAUGAUAUUUGCAUCCUGCUUUUCCAACAACAAAUGUUGAGCUCCAAGCUGUUUUCAGUAACUGCAUUAAAAAACAAACAAGGCUUGCAAUCGCUAUAAUAUAAAACGUCGUGCUUCCCCGGCCCCCGCUUUUUCCUUCUAGUCACGUGGCUGCAGCAGCAGCUGCAAAAAAGGCACCAGGAUCCGUUCCUGGGGUUUUCCAACGGGAGUUUUCUGACUGGAGUUUUCUGACAGGAAAGACCUGACUGUUUCACAGGCUUCGCAACUCCCAGGUUGGGUGAUGCUGUGGUAGAAUGUAGUUGAUUCUGCGGCUUUUUGCUCAUUGCACCGAUUCGUUUUUUUAAGAACCCUAUAUGAACAGAUUCUAGACUGCAAGCAGCCCAACUAAUUACUGCACGGAUACUGAAGGCUGCUUUGUCCUCAGCAGAAGCUCAGAAAGGACCUUAACUCGGUGUGGUGCCUGCCUGCUGCUGCUGCUGCAAGUCUCCUGGUGGCAUCAGAGGGGAAUUGAUCUCUUCUGCCUGGGCUCUUGGUCCUGGACAGCAAUGAGAGAGGAGAAAUGAAAAGAAAUGAUGCUGAUGCUGUAGAGAUACACAGCCUGAGAGUAUCUGCAGAAACAGAAGCUGCCCAAAGAGGCAAAGAAACCCUGGACUGCCGAACAUGUUUUUCCAAGAAAAGAAAGGCAGGGCGUCACCAUAAUUAUCACUGUAAAAGAAUCACGCCUAAGCCUCCCUUCUUAAUUGCAUUCAUUAUUAUCUUCAUCAUCGUCAUCAUCAUCACCAUCAGUGUUCUUGCUGUCCUGAGAGGGGAAAAAUCCAACCGGACUUCCCCUGAAGUGAAUAACUGUGCUGUUUGGGGACCAGCAUGUCCAGCUGGCUGGAUUGGCUAUGAGGGGAAGUGUUACUUUUUCUCAGAAGAAGAAAGAAACUGGACUUCUGCCCAGAGCUUUUGCAUUUCCCAGGGCUCUUCUCUGGCUGCGAUUCAGAGUAAGCUGGAAAGGGUGUUCAUGCUCCGGUUCAAGGGCGCUGGCCAUUGGAUUGGCCUCCGGAAGGGCUUCAAUGAUACCUGGAUAUGGGCAGAUGGAUCAGAAUACAGUAACACGUUGGUGGUGAAAGGAAGUGGAAACUGUACAUAUCUAAGCAAGGAGUUUGAUAUUGCCUCCCGUUGCCACAUACCGAUAAAGUGGAUCUGCAGUCACCCUGAUGAGUAUAUGAGGAAUAAAAACUGUACAGCAGGAAAAGUCAUAUGCCAAGAGGAAUUAUGAUGGUUAUUAGAGUUGCGAAGACGACUACAUUUCCUUGGAAAGAGCAUUAUACCCUGAGGAGAAGAGCCAAUUUCUGUGCAGGAUGUGUAAAUUUCAGUUUGCUUUUAUCUAGAUUCAAGGCUUUUUACUAAUGUG